UCGGAGCGCCGUCGAGAAAAAAUUGUGAAUUUUUAGUAAUUAUUUAAAAGUUCUUUCACGAUUCUAUGCUAAUAAGGAGACUUCCUAUGCUCCCUCCUAACUCCAGCCUAUUGUGAUAUUAUAACUGUGUACGUAGAUUAUUGAAAUUGAAAACAACUAGCUAAUUAAAAUGCCGACAAGCUCACCAGCGGCGACAGAUCUAACGGAAGGAUGUCGUGUGCCAGUAAAUAUGGUCGGCGCAGAGUGGCCUAUUGCAGAGGUGCUAUCGACCCGACGGGAUGAAUCAAACGGAGGCUCAACUUUAUAUUAUGUUCACUUUGUAGGGUAUAACAAACGGCUUGAUGAAUGGGUAACCACGGAUCGGAUAGAUUUCUCACGCAUCUCCUUACCGAAGGCGAAAAGUGCAAGUGGCGGGGGAGCCAGCAGUAAUAAUAACGCUAGUAAAUCGCAUCAUCACCACCACCAUGAUUCUUCGGGUUCCUUGUUAUCAUCCGGAGGUAAUACAUUGGGCACUGCGGCCAUCUCUCGACCUUCAAGUCCCGACCUCUCAGCGCUCAGUGCGCCAGCAACUCCAGAAAGCUGGCCGGGAGGCACGCCAGGCAAUGCAGCGAGUACACCGACGACCAAGGAAAAUGGUCUUAUUGCGCAAAAAGGCAGUAACCGUAAAAGACCCAUUAAAAUGGACGAAGAUUCACAGGAUGGUCCUGCUUCCAAACAACAAACGGCAGGCACAGCACCGGCUCGACCGUCCGGAUCCGGAUCGUUGGUAGCUCACAACGAUAGUGAUAUUAUCACAAGAAUGAAGAAUAUCGAUAUGAUCGAGCUCGGAAAAUAUCGAAUACGACCUUGGUAUUUCAGCCCUUAUCCACAAGAGCUGGUGAAUGGCUGCAUCUACCUAUGUGAAUUUUGUCUGAAGUUUCUCAAAUCACGGAAGUGCCUUCAACGACAUUUGCAGAAGUGCACAUUGCGCCAUCCACCUGGUAAUGAAAUUUACCGCAAAGGGUCAUUAUCUUUUUUCGAGAUUGACGGCCGCAAGAAUAAGACAUACGCUCAGAAUCUCUGUCUACUUGCUAAGUGCUUUCUCGAUCAUAAGACGCUCUAUUACGACACGGAGCCAUUUUUGUUUUAUGUAAUGACUGAACAGGACGCAAAAGGAUUCCAUAUUGUCGGCUACUUCUCGAAGGAGAAGGAGUCAGCGGAAGACUACAACGUCGCUUGUAUACUAACGCUGCCCUCCUACCAGAGAAGGGGCUAUGGCAAGUUGUUGAUCGAGUUCUCCUAUGAACUCAGUAAAUUCGAGGGUAAGACGGGCUCACCCGAAAAACCACUUUCUGAUCUCGGACUACUGUCAUACAGAAGUUAUUGGGCUGAGGCAAUACUUGAGAUUCUUAUAAAUAUGAAAAGUAACGAAAACUGUGACGAUCGUCCAUCGAUCACUAUCAACGAAAUCUGUGAAAUGACAUCAAUUAAAAAGGAGGACGUCAUUUCCACGUUGACUUAUCUUAAUCUUAUCAACUACUAUAAAGGCCAGUAUAUCAUCACGCUAGGCCGAGAUGUACUCGACACGUACGAGCGGGCUGCAAGUAAACGGAAAGUUCGAAUCGACCACAAGUGUUUACAUUGGGUGCCGAAGGAUUGGACAAAACGUGGUCGGUAGCAGCGCUUCAAUGCGUGGCAGCGCUUUGUAUUAUUCUUUCGUCUGCUUUACUAUUAAGAUUAUUGUUAUUAAUGCCAUUAUUAUUAUUAUUAUUCUUAUUAUAAGUUAGCGUUCUUUUAGCUCUGAUCGUGGCGAACGGACAGAGUAGGCGUGGGCACCUUACAUCACGCUGUUUCUGCCGACAGCCCCAGCCAUUGCAUGCAUCGUACUGAGCAGUCGGUAUGCAUGCUAUUGUUAUUAUUAGUACUAUCGAAGUCACAGAUGAAUUAUCGAUGGAUUCGUAUAAUUGUUAUUUUCCGCCCACCGUAUCGUUUAGAGGGUUCUUGGGGAAAAAGAUGUACACACCAACAUGCACAAACACAAAGCAAAUGCAUACAGAGUCCAAAUAAAGUAAGAAGAUAAAGUUCAUGUUUAAAAUCAGUUUUUACACGACCACACUGUAUGAAUUAAUUAAUCAUCAGUUUGGAAGUCCAGUUUUCACUGAUUGGAGACCGGCUAUACUGCUUGUAUGUAAUCAUAAAUAAAUACAUGUAGAAAGAAGCAAGUAACGAAAGAGGAAGGGGAAGUAUAUAUUCAUAUAUACAGUACGAUAAUGAUAGAGCGUAAUUGGGAAAGGGGCGCUUGACGAAGUGACGCAGUAGAAACAGCUCGUACUAUGUAUGCUGUCAACGGUCUCCGUACUGCUCAUAUAUAUAUAUAUAUAAAAACGUGCGAGGCGAACCAAAGGUUUCUGUAUAGAUGAAAAACGGUUAGAUUAACACUUUAUAAUGGAAAAUAUAUUAAUAAUUAUCGCGUAUUUUCAUCCUGUCAGGAAGUUUUGGUUCAUCCAGUGGGCAGUGGUGUCAUCUGGUAGUUGACGCGGGUAGACGCGUAAUAUUUCUUCUCGAUAAAGAUGCAGGUAGCCACCAAGCAGCUUUUCAAUAGCCCUCCCCAAAACGUUCUGUCGUGGCUUGUUAUAGGUUUUAAGCUUUGUACAAAUAAGUAUAAAAAAGCAUGGUAAGCCUGAGUGUAAAUAAAUUGUGAAUUUUCAUGCGCAGAUGA